GAGCUCGACGAGCAGUUGGACCAGAAAAUAGAAAAGGCUCUCAACAAUAAUGGCUCCUCGAUGCUGUCCUACGAAGGGAAUAACAACCAGCCGCCCUUCGUCCUAAGGAAUAUGCAGGAACCACUCCCCUUACACUUCAAACUACCUCAAUUAGAGGCCUACGACGGGACCUCCGACUCCGUCGACCAUGUAGAGACCUUCAAGGCAGCCAUGCUCCUUCAGGGAGCGUCAGAUGCAAUCCUCUGUCGAGCGUUCCCUCCGACUCUUAAAGAGGUUGCUCGGCAGUGGUACUUGAGUUUGAGGCUGACGUCUAUCCAUUCCUUUGAAGACUUAUGUCGGUUUUUCGUCGGUCAUUUCAUCAGCAACCGACGACAGCAGAAGCGGUCAGACUACCUCCAUACUAUCAAGCAAAAGGAGGAUGAGUCGAUGGCUGCGAUGAUGAGCGAUCUGCUGAAAAAUGACUUGAAAAAGUCGUUAGUUAAAACUUAUCCUCGGGAUCUCCCAGAUAUGCUUGUCCGUGUAGAGAAGUAUGUCCGCAUGAAAGAGGCCUUUGCCGAUGAUACUACUGCUGAUUCAACUGUGGCGGGAUCUAGUAAGGAGCACCAUCCAAGAUGCGAAGAGAAAAGUCACCAGCGCUCCCGAUCCCUGCCCCAGAGGGAGGUGUUGCUGCAAAUGGGGCCUGAGUUAUUUGUGCCUCAGCUGAUGAGAAUAAGAUCGGAAUGCCGUCGAAACCCAAAUAAAUACUGUUCUUACCAUCAUGAUCAUGGUCACGAUAUUGAAGACUGCCAUCAGCUCUACGACGAGAUCGAGAGGUUUAUCAG